AUUUCAAUUCACAGCGGUUUUGGUGUCUUUGAAGCGCGUCGUCAAUUAAAUUCUUAAAUAUAACCAAUUUAAAAUAUGGUUAAACUGUAUAUUUUAAGUCCAAUUACUUAGGGAAUAUUUAUAGUUUAUGUUAAAUGAGAAGUUCUGUUGAUUGUAGUUACAUUUUUUCGUUCGAAUUGUCUUCGCUUUAUGACUGCGCCUGAAGCGGCAGCUGCUUCCUCUUUUUACUAAACAAUGGACACGGACUUGGACUACGUGAAUAUAAAUGAUUGCAAUGACCUCGAUUUGGCCACGCGCAUGCGCGGCUGCAAUUAUGAGAAAUAUAAAUCUCUAGUGCGAAUGCAUCUUUCUUUUGAGCUAGAGUUAAAUACAGAUGAAUUCGAUCUACCAUGCCAUGAAAUUGUGUACGAGGACAAGGGUAAAAUGAAAAAAUGGAAUCGCCUUUCCAAAAAACAUCGUCUAGGGCAGAUUGGAGCUCCAACUGGUUGCACAGCAUCGGGCUCCAAAUCAGUGUGCAAUAGUCCCACAGAAUCAUUGCAGUCGACAGUUGAUGCGGGAUUCCUAAUGCACCUGCAAGAACUUAAGGAUUUUCUGAUGCUUGAAAAAAAUCUUAUUCAAGAAGGUUUGUUUCGCAAGACGGGUGCUGUAUCACGGCAGAAUGAGUUGAGAGCUAACAUACAACAGGACAAGCCUUUGGAUUUGGAAUUGGCCGGUUAUUCAGCCCACGACUGUGCCACCGUAUUUAAAAGCUUUUUGGCCGAAUUGCCUGAACCUUUACUAACGGAUGCCCAUUAUCCGGCACACUUGCAAAUUGUACCGCUGUGUCAAGUCCAGACCUGUAAAGUAGGCACUCAGGAAGCAGAACAUCUGCUGAGUUCCAUGCAGCUGCUGCUUCUAUUGCUACCCGAAGAGCAUAGGGAGCUGUUAUACCAUAUCAUUGAAAUGCUUCACUCAGUGGCCAAGCACGAGAACAGCAAUAAAAUGUCUGCCGAAAAUUUAGCCACUUUAUUCACACCUCAUCUGAUCUGCCCACGUCAAUUGCCGCCGGAAGUCCUGCAUUAUACGGCAAAAAAAAUGUCCAGCAUUGUUAGUUACAUGAUUAUCCGUGGCCUGGACAUUUUUCAGGUACCUGGUAAACUGGCCACCGACAUUCGAGCCUAUUUCCUUGAACGAAAACGCAAGAAAACUAUGUCUCCUGAACAAACGCUUGACGAAUCUAUCUCAGACGUUUCCACAGUAAACACUGUUUACACAUUUGUCGACCGCGCAGCAACCGCAGCAGCCACGAACACCAAUAAUACGGACACUGAAUUGGCCCAGCUAUAUGCCCACAUACAAAGUCUGCCUGAAUCAUCGAAAAAGCGACGAUUAAUCAAACAGUUUAAUAAGCAAAAUGGACAGGGUACACCUUUGCAGUUGGUAGUAAUGAAUCGUUUGAAGAACAAUGAGGCUACACGUAGUGCCAAAUCAUUAGGGGAUUCAAUUAAGAAGCAUAUCUUUCACAAGACACUUAUGUCCCGCACACCAAAGAGAGCUCCACCGCCUGCUUUUCAUGCCCCAAUGGAGGGAGGAGGGCCUGAGACGCCCAAUCUGUUGCAUGUGAAGCAGCCGAAAUUACGUGUGCUAUUCCAGAGCCCCACCCCACAAAUGCCACCAAACACUCAUGCCGCCACACCAACUGUUGCUAGCGUAUCCUCCAUCUCAAUGUCUACUAACAAGCAUUCACUUAAGAAAUCCAUUUCAUCCACAUCGCUUAAAAUGGAAACAAUGUCGUCCAUCUCGUCGGACAGUGGCAGCAAUUCGGCUCCCGUUUCACGACAGCACUCGGAUAACGGAGACGGUGUUGGUACUACCGUGGCGGCUUCUGCUGCUGUUGCUGCUGUCGGAGAGUCGGACGAGAUUGAUGGCGAGUGCUGUGUGACACCGCUCAAAGUUUUAACAUCAGUUGCGAAAAAAUUGGCUGAGAAGAAAGCUGUAGCUUGGGAUGAUCAUCGCCUUUUAGAAAUUGAGGAAUAUUCAAAUCCUUGCACGCCUGUUCAUCAAUCGUCACGCUACAAAUCUGAGCCUAAUCUCUGUAGUAUCUUGCCACAGGUUAACGAUGGCGCUAACCUCGACAAUCCACUCACGCCCAUUAUAGAAGUGCCUUCAACCAGCAAUCAGAGCAACAACAACCAUCACUUGGGAAAGUCUCUUACACGCAAACUGAUGAAAGGAGUCAGCAUGGGUAAUUUGAGAUUCCCGUUCAGCACUCCGGAAACCACAAAACGAUUAGUGCGAAGUGUCUCAGCUACUUUAAAGCGUCGACCAAGUGGGGAAGAGGCGAAACAUGGUCAUUUGGAAGCAGCCGAUGCCCCCCUCCUAGAGGAUGUGGACGACGACGAUAAUGAUGUUGAUGAUGAUGAUGCUAAUGAUAAGGAUCAUGAUAAUGAUGAGGAGAAAGAGCCAUCCGUGGAUGACCAUGAAGAAGACGAUGAUGACGAUGAUACCCUCUCAGAAAGCAUGGGUAGUUCCAAUGAGCUGCCUAGCCUUGGUCUAGGCUAUCAGCAGCACCUUCUGCAGAGCAGAGUAUACCGCAAUAUGGAUCUCAUUACAAGCACUCCAGCUCUGCAUAUGGGUCGACGAUCCAUGUCCCCUAUAACCAAAUCCACACAACGUAUGCCUAAAGCAAUGCAGGAAUCCAUUAUGACUCCUCGAUCCCGCAAACCCGUCAUGCUUUUGAAUGCAUUGGCCGCCGGAAACACUGACAAGCAGCUUAAUCUAAGUUUUGCUCUACAAGAUGAUGCGGACUCAUCGUUGACGGCAAGUCCCGCUAAACCGGAACUAGAACCGCCAUCGUUACACAGUGAAGAUGCCACAUCUCUUGGCGGCUACGCCGAUAUUUUGCGACGUCAGCAGAAUUUCGCUCACAUAAAUUCCUUCUCGUCAGCUAGACAGCGUACUGAAAGUAGCAGUAAUAGCAAUGAGGACGCCAAGCCGAAUUUGAAUGCCUUGUCCAGCGAUUUCAAGGAAUAUUUGCUGACACGCAGCGUUUUGACGGCUAGUCCAGCAGAUCUGUCGUUCGCAAGUCGCUCCGAUGAUUUUGAUGGGGCCAGCACUCAGGACAUUGAUGAUUUCGAUGAAUCGGAAUUGAGUCCCAGUUUAUUAUACUGUUUGGAUGGCAAUGAACCUGCACCCGUCGGUUCUCCCCAGAGUUCCACUUCAACAAAUGGAAGGAAACGCUCGGCAGAGACACCAUUGAAAAAUCCGAAAUCCAUUGAUUUAGACGAUAUGGAUAACAAAGAGAAUGUGUGCCUAGAAGAAGGACAACAGCAUUUGUGCUCAAAGAAAUUAUUGAUUACUUCACACGAGGAGUAUCCCGGCGAAACUGCCCUUUAGUUUAAGGUCCCCCCCCCUAACACUUACCUUUUCGUAAAUCUAACGUUAAAACCGUUGUACGGUUUUAAAAAAAAAAAAUCUCAUCGAAAAUCUCUUAUAAAACUCAAAUAGAAUUGAAAAA